AAUCUUAUUUUAAUUUAAAAUAAUAACAAUCGGAUAUCACAGGAAAUUUAAAUUCAUCUAUAUAUGCAACCUAAAAACUUAUAACUAAUCCAUAAAAGUAGCUUUACACCAGAAUACAAUACUCCAUACUCCGGCAAUUGUUCAGUAUCUCCGGCCAUGGCUAUGUAUAGAGUAGCAAGUGCUUCGGAGUAUCUGGUGAUCACCGGAUUCGGGAUCGACGACAUCAAAAUCGCAAAGAAAGCAUGGAUACUUCCCGGCCAGUCCUGCUCCCGAUUCGACAUCUCUCCGGUCAACUACACUUUCGAUGUUCAGGCCAUGAGCGCCGAGAAACUCCCCUUCAAACUUCCCGCCGUAUUCACCAUCGGUCCUCGUAUCGACGACGACGAAAGUCUCCACAAAUACGCCAAACUCAUCGCCUCUCACGAUAAACAAUCGCGCCAUGUGAUUGAGCUCGUGAAGGGGAUCAUCGAAGGGGAGACCCGUGUCCUCGCUGCGUCAAUGACCAUGGAAGAAAUUUUCAAAGGGACGAAGGAUUUUAAGAAGGAGGUGUUCGAUAAGGUCCAAUUGGAGCUUAAUCAGUUCGGAUUGUUGAUCUACAAUGCCAAUGUGAAACAGAUGGUCGACGAACCUGGACAAGAGUAUUUUUCGUAUUUAGGGCAAAAAAUCCAACAGGAAGCUGCAAAUCAAGCUAGGAUUGAUGUUUCUGAAGCCAAGAUGAAGGGUGAAAUUGGAUCCAAGCUUCGCCAAGGCCAGACGCUUCAGAAUGCAGCGAAGAUAGACGCAGAGACGAAGAUCAUAGCGACACAGAGACAAGGACAGGGGAAGAAGGAGGAGAUAAAGGUGAAAACGGAGGUGAAGGUGUUUGAGAACCAGAGGGAGGCUGAAGUGGCUGAAGCAAAUGCAGAGCUGGCGAUGAAGAAGGCAAAGUGGGCCAAGGAUUCACAGGUUGCAGAGGUGGAGGCGAGUAAGGCGGUGGCGCUCCGGGAGGCUGAGUUGCAGAAGGAGGUUGAGAUCAUGAACGCGUUGACUCAGACGGAGAAACUCAAGGCUGAGUUCUUGAGCAAAGCUAGCGUUGAGUAUGAAACCAAGGUACAAGAGGCGAAUUGGGAGCUUUACAGAAAGCAGAAAGCCGCUGAAGCAAUUCUGUACGAGAAGGAGAAACAAGCGGAGGCUCAGAAGGCGAUGGCGGAGGCGACACUCUACUCCCGCCAACAAGUCGCCGACGGCGAAUUAUAUGCAAAACAGAAGGAGGCGGAGGGACUUGUUGCUCUUGCUCAAGCUCAAGGUACUUACAUACGCACACUUUCGGGUGCCAUGGGAGGUAAUUAUGGAGCUUUAAGAGAUUAUUUGAUGAUCAAUGGAGGAAUGUAUCAAGAAAUCGCCAAGAUUAAUGGGGAGGCAGUUAAGGGUUUACAGCCGAAGAUUAGCAUCUGGACCGGCGCAAAUGGUGGUGGAGACGGCGGUGAUGGUGGUGCCAUGAAGGAAGUUGCCGGUGUUUACAAAAUGCUGCCGCCGUUGUUUAACACGGUUCAUGAACAAACCGGAAUGUUGCCACCGACUUGGAUGGGGAAGAUUACGGAAUCUAAAUAACAUGAUCUUUUUAAAUAUUUGGUUGUGAAUAUAUUAAUUAACAUCUAAAUAAUGCUAUUUACUUUUUCAUUAGUUAUAAUGAAACAAUUUUCCUACGUAAAUAA